UCCAAUAAUUAAAACAGGUUGAAUGGAAUAUGUAGCGCAAUUUCGCUCGGCUAAACCCACGCAGAAAACUAGCUGACUUGAAUUCAGUUGAGACAAAUUUUGAUAAAAAGCAAUAUGGAGAAAACUCCAUCUGCUUGUGCUAUGCAAUGGAACAUAGACCUUGAAAAAGGCCUCCGUUCUAAAAAGCCUGGUAAACCUACCGAAGCCAUACUAGAUAUUGGGCCAAGACUUGAGUGGUGGAGUAGAGAGUGUAAUCUUCAUGCUGCUGAAUACAAAAUGUUUGGCUUAAUUCCGGGGGAGGAUAAGCUAUUUGCAAAUGCUAUCCUUCUUAGGCUUGCAGAUGCAUUUAAGUCAGGAGACAAACAUAUGAAGAUUUGUAUAGUGAAAAUUUUCUUGUCAGAGCUCAAGCAGAGGAGGCAAUUGAGGAGCAAGGGAAGAAAAGAUGAGGGAAUCCUUUCAAAGGAUAAAGUAGAUAGCUAUAGAGAACUUUUGACUAGAAUAAAGAUAGUAUUCGACUCUGGAAACGUUGAAGAGAGAGCAUUGGCUUUAGUUCUAUUUGGUUGCUGGGCUCAGAUUGCAAAAGAUAGUGCUGAUGUUAGAUACCUCAUCCUUUCAAGCUUGUGGUCGAUGCAUAUUCUGGAGGCAAAGGCUUCUUUGUUUGCAGCUGAAUGUUUUUCUGAACUGGCAGACGAUUUUGCUUAUGUAUUUCUGGAGAUACUUGGAGGUCUGUUGAUGUCAUCUGGAACAUCAAGGGCUAUAAGGUCAGCAGGAGGACGUGCCUUUGCUAAAAUGUGGUGCUCAAUCUUACUAGCAGAUAUAGCUCAUAAGACUGGUGUAAAGCUUAUCCGAGAAUGUUCAGAAGAAGAAUUCUCUUUGGUGAUGCUAGUUUCACUUUCCAAAAUUGCUUCUAAGUGGACAUCUUUAAUUCCUAGACAGAUGGAAUUGCUUUCCUCAUUUAUGACUAAGGACAGAGGUUUGAGCUUGCAAGCUAUGGCAUUAAAAUGUCUUCGUUUCAUUUUAGCCAAAGGAAUGUAUCACUUCCCUGCCAAUUCAAAUUUGACUCUAAAGUUGUUUGGGGUCAUAAAUCAGUCUGAUUUGCCACCAGCUUUGCAUUUUGAUGCUCUAAGAGCAUUAUGCAAGAUACUUCCGCCCAACCUAGAUACAAUUCCAUGCACAGAGAUCCUCAAUAUUUUCUCCAAGUUCUUACAAAUUGUUGAGUUCAAACUACAAUCUCCAAUCAUCUCAGAGAGGCUUUUCGCAAUUCAUGUAUUAGCUAGUAUUUUUGACAAGCUUUUGAGGAUACUGAAAGAGGCAGCAGUUGGAAUUGGCUUAAUUGUUUCAUCUCGUAUGCUUACAUUCACCGUAGAUCGCAUCUCCCAACUAAUUAAGUUAGUGGUUGGUAAUCCUCAUCCAGACAAAGGAGUGGAGCAGGAGGUGAAGAGUUUACUUCUUAUUUUAGUUGAUUUGGUUGAAAGACAUCAAGAUGUCUCUGGUAUAGUGCUGGAUAAGAUCUGUAUAGUUAUCGAACAUCUGGUCAGCAUGCUUAAUGAAAUUACCAGUAUGACGAAUUCAGCCUCAGAAGAUCACCAUAUAACAGAGCUUGACAAAGAGAACCAUACGUCGACUGCAUCAAGAGUCUUGAUUUAUUUAUCCCAGAUUCUGAUAACUUGCUUUGAAAAGCUAGAUGUCUCCACUGCUGGUGCCACCCAAGUCUUUAACAGGAUGGAACAUCUGGUUGAGCAUGUGCACCAUUGCAGCUUACUUCCUGCUUACAUCCACCUAAUAUAUGACCUUUUAUUGCACUUCCAUGUUGCAUAUCAGUGUAUGUGGCUGGAGAUAGGGGAAGAUAUGGUUUCUAAUAGAAAUUCUCAUCCAUCUCGUUGUAGUUCCCCCUCACAUGAUGGUUCCCUGUUCCAGCAUGAAAUUCUCAUUAUUGAUCGUGUGAAGCAAAUUUUGGAUAAAAAAGAUUAUUGGUUGUCUUAUAAGCUGGCAAAAUAUGCGGCAUGUAAUGGUGCAUGGUUGGUUGCUGCUUACAUAUUUGGGGAGCUAAUACCCAUGGUUCAAUCUGAUAUCUGUUGUUUUUGGCUAAAAUCCUUAUCCCAUCUUUCAGAAUUAGAAAGGAAAGUUCAGUUGUUCGGGCUUACUCUUUCUGGAAAGGCAGCUGGGGAAACUAUGACAGCUGAUCACAUUGAAAAUGUUAUUGGGGCCUCCAACAUGCUCUGUUCUUUAGAGGAAGCUUUUGAUGCCUCUGUUUCUGGUCUUGCUUUUAGUUUUCAGAGAUGGUUUAUAACUUUAAGAUCAAAGGUUGUUGGAACUGUAGCAGAUGUACUUAAAUUAUUGAGCAUGAAUUUGUUUCCACAAGAAGCUACCAGGAGUACUGAACAAAAAGAGGCAUGGAUUUUGGUUCAGCGCUCGAAUUCUUCACAAGGACUCAGCUCAUUGUUGCAAUUGCUUGCCCGCGCUUCUUCCCAGUUCAUGAGGCUAGUAAAGGAAUUUGAUCUCUUAUCAACGUCUUUCAUUUUCAUGGACAGGAGAAGUAUGAAGAUAGUUUCUAAUCUUGGAUUAAGUUGUUCGCUCUUAGCCUUUAGUACCGGAUUAAUAUUACAUUUUGCCAGUUUCCAUGAUAAACAAACUAGCAGUACUUAUGGUCUUGAAACAUCAGACGAGCAAUUUCAUACUCUGCUAGUUCAUGACUUGUUAAGAAGACUUGGGUAUACAGACUUAGAGACUAGCAAAAAUCUGCGGCAUCUUUUGGAUUUCCGUCGAAGCUCUAGGAGCUGUUCCAUGCAAGAAUUCCAAAAUCAAGUCUUUAUCACUUGUGUUGAAGCGAGAGAUAUUGCUAAUCUUUGUAAAUAUUCCGUUCAGAGAUUUCUUAGUUUGCAAGCGAUUAUUGUACAUGAUAACAAUGGUAUAUCCCGAAUUCCUCGUGAUGCUUUGCAGUUGCUGUUCAACAUUAUUUUCUCGUGGAUACAGAUUCCUUUCCGGACUCCCAAACACUUCUUCCAAUUAAGGCCUCCUAUUUCUGCUGAGCUUUUCAUAACAAAUGAAGAUGGUAAAAGGAUAGACGAUAUAUCUGUCUUGUCAGGCUUCCAGCUCCCUCUAACUCUGGGCAUUCAGCUAAGAAAUAUAUCGCCAGACAAGCUGUCUCAGGUGUCGAAUUUGUACUGCAUCCUUCACUCACGGACAUCCUUUCAAGUACUUAGUGCAAAAGGGGAUAAGAAGGUACCAAAGUCCAGUUGUCAAGCUUGGAAAAGCGAUCACAUGGUUGGCCUUAAUGAAAAACUAUUGCACUUCACAACAGGGACUACUGAGAGGGAUGGAUUACAUGCUAUGGAAAAUACUCUGGGGACUUCAGCUGUGGAUAAAUUUGUGUGUUUUGAUCCUAAUGAGAAAGGGCAAGGAUUUGCAACUUGCUUGCUAGAUGUUUCUGCAUUCCCUGUGGGUUCUUACCAAAUCAAAUGGCACAGCUGUUGUAUAGACAAUAACGGUGCCUACUGGAGUCUUAUGCCCCUGAACACUGAUCAAUUCUUCACCGUACAGCAAUCUUUUAAUAGUCGUCCGUCUGUUAAAGUGCCAUAGACUGCAGUGAUUUAGUUAGAGGUAGGAUGAUAUUUCUACAUCAGUACAGUUUAUUUGAAGCUUCUUGGUGAACUGCCUAGAGUACCAAAUCCUUCAAUGGCUACACGGACAACCUCUGGGAUCACAAAGCUGGGAGAAACACUUUCAACGGAUAUUAGGGAAUUCUAAAAGAAAGUCUAGAGUUGCAGCCUAAUGUGUACAGAGUCUCUGGAAAGAAAGGAACUUCAAGAGUUUUUGAACACACGAAGAAACUGGGCUCUUGCCAAAGAAAUUUCUCAUGCUAUUGGAAUUAUAAGUAGACUCCAACAUCUUGCUUAUUGAUGUUCUUGUCAGGUAGUUCGACUUGACUGUUCGUCUUUGUGUUGAUAUUUGAUAGCUGCUUCUGUUAACUAAACUAUGGCUCUUGUAAAGUCACUUUGGUAAUCAAUGAAGUUCAUAGUCACCAAAAAAAAUGUGUAAUUUUGGUCAUUUUGCCUAUUAGUUCAUGGUACUCCCUCUGUUUCAUAAUAAUUGAAUUGUUGAGACAUUUUUCAUGUUUCAAAUUAACUUAAUUAUUCAAUCUUUAAGAAUAA